AUGGGUUGCGGGUCAUCAAACGAACCUAAAAAGCAGCCUGAAGGCUUAAUAGUGAAUAAUGAGCAAAAAAAAGCUCUGAAUCUUGAUGCAAAAGUUGUACUGCUUGGAGACUCAGGUGUUGGGAAAAGCUCAAUCGCUAUGAGAUACGUAAAUAACACUUUUUCAGAAGCAUUUGAAGUUACAAUAGGAGGCGGAUAUCUUCAGCAAAUAGUUAGACUCAAAGACAACUCAAGUCUGAAACUAGAUAUAUGGGAUACAGGUGGGCAAGAAAGAUUUAGAGCUCUAUUGCAGCUUUAUUAUAGAGAUGCAAAUGCUGCACUUAUCACAUAUGAUGUUACUAAUGAGCGCUCUCUAGAAAGCUGUGAAUAUUGGGUUAAUGAACUAAGAAACACUGAAGAAAAUUGUAUUCUAUGCCUUGUAGGGAAUAAGCUAGAUAUUCCUGCUCCAGAAAGAAAAGUUGAUUCAAAAAAAGCUGAAGCGUUCGCUAUAAAGCAUGGGAUGAUUUGGUUUGAGACCUCAGCAAAAACUGGAGAGAACAUCAAUAAACUGUUUGAAAAAGUAGCCCAAGAAAUAGUAAAAAGAAAAACUGAAGGAUAA